UGUCACGUGCCUGUGAAAGGGAGUGUUUAAUAUAUAUAGCUUAAAACGAUCAUAGGCAGAAUUAUCCACUUUCAAAAUGCAUACGUGCUCAAUAUAUUGUUUGUUUUCAAAAUGCAGCAUUGAAAUAAAGAUAUUGAAUGUGGGUAAGAUAUGACAUUAUCUGAUUUUUGAUAAGAGAACAUUUGAAAUGGCUAGAUAUUUAUACCAACUAUGGAUAUACAUUUGUUUUUUCUGACGUUGUUAAGUUUAAUUUUUUUAACAACUUUGAAAACAAAGGAAUAUCUUAUAUAUUCCAUAAAAAGAAUGUUUUUAACAUUGAACAACAUCCAGGAAAAUUGGCUGAAGGCCGUUGUAGCUGGAGGCUAUACGCGGGCGUGUCUCAUUUCUUUGGUAAAAACUGACAUCAAUCAAUUCCAUAGCGAUGCAGGAAACUAUGUUGAAAAUAAACAAAGAACAACGGCACAUAAACAAGUUGAGACGAACUGUUCUUCGUGCAAAUCACUGGCUGACGUGUUAGAAUGCCCGACAAAUGGAUAUUGUAAAGGAAAACCUUGUACUUUACACGCCGGGAAACGUGUAGACAUUAACCACGCCUGUGUUAUUUUGAUGCAAUAUAUUGUGAAGAACCAUAAGCAUUGCAGACCUUCCUGGAAGAACACUGACGUUACACAUUGGGGUUCUGAUCCUUGGUCUUUAGCCGGAUGCUUUCUUCCACGCGAUGGUUAUGAGGGUGCCAACACAGCUGAAGAUACAGACCUGAACGGUUUUCUAAGUGUGAUAUUAAAUUGCGAAAUAUUCAAACAAUAUGUCAACGAUUGGGAGAAACCAGAUAACAUUUGCGAAAAGGCCAGGAAAGCUUUGAACAAAUUUAGACAUUCACCAACAAUGUCACUUUCUGAUGAAGAACUCACUGACUACAUUGGGACGUUAAAGAAUCAUUUGGAGAACAGUGGACCACUGAAGAAACUCCCGGAUGUACAAGAUGCUGUUUUAAAACUUUCAAAGCUCGAAAAAUGAGAUAACAUAAACACAAAUGAACUUGUCGAAAAUGUCGAAGAAGAAAUCGAACAAGCAGAGAAAAGCGAAUCUCCAACAAAACUUCUAGAUUUACAAACGCUGCGAGAUGAAUUACACAAGGCCAACGACAACGGCAUCCGUAACAUUGAUUUACAUACGCAAAAGGCAAUGGAAGAAAUCGAUGCCCACGUUGAGAAACAUAAACGCCAGAUAUCAGAAAAUGACGAAACGCUGUAUAAGGACACUUGUGAUGCUUUCCGACAAGACCUCAUUACAUUCUACAAAGGUUUGAACCAUAUCAUGCCUUUACCACCCCGAUUUCCUGAAAUAGAAAUGAAAGAUGGGUUCGUGCCGCCCUUCCUGACCCUUCGCUCAGGAGAUAACACAGACCAAAGAAGACGUGACGAUCUGAUUAAGCCCGGGAGAGCGAAAUAUAAACGGCCUGUCAAAGACCUUGACGAUAUUUUUAAAAAAGGUUAUGACAGGGCGAAGCAUAUAUACGUUACUGCAA